ACUGCUACCAGUCCUAGGCACAACAUCGUGUGUAAAAAGGUGUGAAUUUUGAAAUUCGUUUUCUAAAUUUUAUUUGCCUCGAAAUUUUAUUAAAAGCUAAAUAAAAUAAAUUGAAGCUUUUAUAAUAAAUUUCAUACGUAAUAUGCCUUAUAUAAGUGAAUCAAAAAGAAUGAAUACGCACAAGUCUAACCCCAAGAAUCCCACGGAGCACAAAAGGGCUCUCGUCUUAGCCGGUAUGAAUGUUCUUCAAGAAAACUACCGUCAGGAGGAUCAUACUGAGGCUGAGAUAAGGGAGAUGCGACGUGCUUUACAUCCCAUACGAUCUACAAGGGCUAUACACCAGCUACGUUUCAGUGACGAAAGCAUCGAGCGUUAUGAGCAGCCUAUAACUGUUGUACCAGCACCUGAAAGGGGUCGCGUUACUACCCAGUUUGUACGCGGGUAUCUCACUCCUUCUUUGGAGUUCCUGGCCCAUUUGAGCGUGCCUCCGGUUGAUGAGGAAAGUGAUCAUGAGUCCCCAAUAUUGGUCGACAAUGAAAUAGCUACAACACUGCACGAUGCUCAAGAAUUUCAUGAUCAUUAUAUAAGCUUUCAACAACAACUCGAUCGUCGUCAAAAAGCGUUGCGGCGCCGGCGAACUAUUAAUCGAAUUCUUUCAUGGAUCAUUUGUAUAUAUGUUGGAUUAUAUGUCAUUUUGGGUGUGUUUUGGGUAAUCCCCGAACCCUCUCCGCCGACUUUUGGGCAGAGAAUCAAGAAGGGAUUGAAGCGAGUCGUAGGCAAGGCUCCAAAAUAACAUGCUUAUGUUAUUUUCAUGUCAAAUUUCAUGUGUUAUUCUGUU